UUUUGACACUUCAAUUUCAGUUAAUAAGUUACGAAGAUGCUCUAUAGAGGUCACGGUGAGUCGAGCGGAAAAGAGAGCUUGUGAGGCAAGCCAUGCUUGCAGUUGAAAACUUAAAACCAUGUGGCCUGUAAAGAGUUUUGGUGGCCUGUUUACGUGAAACACGGACAGUCCAACGAAAUUUGAAAACUGAUUAUUAGUAACUAAUUGAAGAUUUAAUGUCUUUUUUUAUACGAAACAAUCGUGGCGGUGGGGCGCCAAAAAGAAAGGCCAAUGGGAAUGUUGGCAAAAAAGUGGUAAAGGGUCCUCCGUCCAAAGUAAAAACCAAAGGUGCCAAAUCAAAUCCCGAGGAUGACGAGAGUAUUGCGAGCAGUGACGAAGAAUUUGCUGAGGAAAGAGAGAGAAAAAUUCACCAAGAAGAUGAAUCCAGUGAUGAAGAGGAAGCUGAAACUGCACAAGAAAAACGUUUACGACUUGCAAAGACUUACCUCGAAGAGAUUGAAAGAGAAGAAAAAGAUCGUGCAGAAUUCGAGGAAGGUGUGGUAACCAAGCGUUUGCAGGAUGAGUAUCUAGAGGAAAAAGGCAGACUGAGAAAGACAGUAGCUAAUAACUACACAGGGCAUGCAGAACCAUUCUUGCUGCGCUGUAAAGAUCAGAAAAGCUCUAUUACAUGCCUGUGCCUUUCCAGUGAUGGAAAAUUUGCUUAUUCAGGCUCAAAGGAUGGAACAGUGGUUAAAUGGUCAUUGAAUGAAAGGAGUAAGCUCAAAGUUAUCAAGGGUAAAAGAAAAGGAACAGAGGGAAUAAAGUAUGUGCGAUGCUUAGCUUUAAGUACGGACGGUAAAUUUUUAGCUGUUGGUGAUUCUGGUUCUAAGGAUAUAAAAAUCUACUCCGGAAACGAUCUGACGCAUAUAAAAAAUUUCCAAGGUCAUCGAGGCGUGGUCAGUGGUCUUGUAUUCAGGAGAGAUACUUACAUGUUAUACUCUGCCUCUGAGGAUCGCAGCGUGAAAGUUUGGAACUUGGAUGACAUGGCCUACGUCGAAUCCAUGUUCGGUCACCAGAAUGGGAUCACAUCAAUAGACGCGCUUUCGCGCGAAAGAGCAAUAACCAGUGGCGGUUUCGAUGGGACGAUACGGGUAUGGAAGAUAGUAGAGGAGUCGCAGUUGAUAUUUAACGGUCAUUCCGGUAGCAUAGACGCUGUGAAACUAAUAAACGAAGAGAAUUUCUUCAGCUGUGGCGAUGAUGGCCAACUCUGUGUCUGGGGAUCUAUGAAAAAAAAGCCACUGUGCUCCGUCCCAGAGGCGCACGGCAGAGACGAAAGUAAUGGACGACCUACAUGGAUAUCCAGCAUCGCCACUCUACUCAACACAGACCUUGUUGCCUCUGCUUCCGUUUCAGGUUCCAGAGAUGGACUUAUAAGGCUAUGGAAAUGCGGAGAGGCAUUUAGAAGCUUGACGCAAUUGAUGGAGAUAAAAGUCUGUGGAUUCGUAAAUGCCUUAGCAUUUACGCCUGACGGAAGCAGUCUAGUGGCAGGGAUCGGUCAAGAGCAUAGACUAGGGAGGUGGUGGCGAAUUCCUGAGGCAAAAAAUUGUAUAGUUGUUAUACCCCUGAUGAAAAAAAAUUCUACAUAACAAUCAUUGUAUUUAUAUUAAUAAUAAAACCAUUUGGAGCUA